GGAAGAUUGCAAAAAAGGACCGGACAUAAAAGACAAAAUGGAAACAAAAAGAAACAAUAUUUUGUGUUUAAACAAACAUGAAACAAUCAUACAACUAUAACAUUAAUAGUUCGUUUCAGUCAAACAACGAAUGGUCUCUCAGUUCUUUUCAUUUCGAGAAACAACGAAGGGAUUGUCAAAAAAAAAACAUACAUAGAUAAAUAGAUAAAAAAAAUUGAUUUAAAUUGCCUUCUGAGGUUAUCUACACGAAUGUCAAAAAUUAGUCGGUGAAAAGCAACAUAUUUUUUUAAAAGUGACCUAAUUUUUCCCCAGCUAAAUUUUAACCCGACUUUUUUUGCCCGAUAAGGUAUUAGAAUGUAAUUACCAUAGUGUGACUCUUUAAUUCAUCUUUGGUAAUUAUUGACGUUUUAUAUAAUUUAUAAAAUAACCUUCUAAAAUCAAUACGAAUUUAAUACGCGCGAAAUUAAAUACGUUUAAGGUAUUCUAUGGGAAUCUGACGAGCUUAACUCCGUUAGUGUUAUUAGAUUAUUAUUUCCAACAUUUUCUUUAUUUUAAAGUUGGAUGGCAAAAACUCAGAUUUUUUAUUUUUGACACAUUUCAUCUAUGAACAUCGACAUAUUAUUUUCUACUUUUCAUCGACUCAAAUGUAAUCACCUUUUAACCACCUUCUGUAGAGAGAGCCACGAGUUGUUCUAUACACCAUGCAAAAUUACUGCUAUAUAACUUUUUGAUUCAAAAUUUAUCGCGCCUUUUGAAACAAACUUAUAGCGUGUUAUAACAAUCUUUUAGUAAGAAAUAUUAAUAUUAGUGAAUAGAUCCAUUUAUUCAUAAGACACGUUUUGAUAGAAAAAAUGAAUAAAAUGAAAGAAUGAUAAAUCUAUUAAAAAAAUUCUUAUGACUUAAAAUAAGUAUUCUAAUCAUUUAACAAAAAUUUAACUUAGAACGUUGACGCUUUUAAUCACCGAAGUUUUGGCAAGAAGCAGAAGAACAAAGAGAAUAGGAACAGUAAUAGUGACGACAACAUCAUAAAAGAUUUAACAGAUAUUUCAACAGCAGAAUACAAUUAUUCCCAUUAUUUGCUUGGUAAAUGCAACAGUUUCCCAAUUGCAGACAGAAUCGUCAAGGAUCACCUGCGGGUUCCAAGCACCUUCUCAAAUUACGAAACAGCUUCUUCGGUGUACAGCAGUGGUGAUUUCAUGGAGUAUCUAUCUACAUGUGGCAGGUGCAUGUCUGAGACGAGGUUGAGGAGUAGUUCUGUGAGGAGUAGUUCUGAUGAAUUUAUAGAAGAUGAGGCUAAAACUGCAUCAGCAUUAAAUUUGAACACGUGCGAUCGUGACUGCGAUAGGGAGGUUUGUCAUUAUCAUAACGGAAGACAGUCUAAAGAGUUUCAACAUACACCAUUGAAAAGGACGGUAAGCGCGCCAUUGAAAGCGACGAGGGAGAAUCAAAAUAAAGAAGAAGAUUUAGCACAAAGCAUGCGCAGAAGAAACGCAUCUCCCUCACAUCGAUUUCAACUACUGUCGCCACGAACAUGGAAAAAAAGAUUGUCAAAACUUCACGACCAAAAAUCCUCCAAUGGCGUAAGUAGAUGGUCUUUACGGCGAACAUUAAGCCAUUCCUUCCGUUCAUCAUUCAGUGGAAGGGAAAACGGCUUCGAAAUUACCUUUCCGACGAAAAACAAGAAAAAACCUCGUCAAAAAUAUCGAAUAGUAGAAGCCCGUACUGGUCAAAAAGAUGGAAUUUCAUUCGAAGUUAUUGGAAAACAGGGAACGUACCUGCGAGUUAAAGGAUCAAUGUUAAUUCCUGACAAAGAUACAACGGAUUCGUAUUUCAAUAAGGACUGUACAUUUGUUCCACUCCCUGAUAUGUGGUUCUCGACUUUCUUUGCGUUUGAAUCAGUGAGCAAACCAUCAUACUUCAUACGGUUGACGAUAUACGAAGAAUUAGUUCUCGAUAAAUACGAUGGGACGACGGAUUUUAAAGAAGAGGCAAGUUUUCAACUGAACAGAAAACCAUGUGCAACCUGCCUGCAAGUUGGCGUACAAACAUGGGCGAGAAAAUCAACUGGGGAAUAUUGUUUGGGAAAAGUUGUUGCUAUUGACAAUAAAGAUAUAUCCAUCAAAUUUGAAGAUGGUAAAAUUGAAAAAUACUCCAAAUUAGAUACAAGGCAACUCCUUCCGGAUGUUGUUCCCAGUGCGGAGGAUAUUCAUGUCGGCACACGAGUUGUAGCACAAUGGCUACAGCGAGACACAGCCUUGUAUCCUGGUGUCGUGUCCAACAUUCGUAGUGGGGAGACCUUCGAUGUACUGUUCGACGAUGGAGACACUGGAAGAGGGAAGCCGUUUCAAAUUCGUUUAAUGAGGACCUAUUCUAUUUGCCAUGACAUGGUUGAGGAAGGUAAUAGCAGUGACACUGGACAAUCAACAGAACAUAGUACACCACAAACACACGACAAGGAAGAUGGAAGUCACAAGCCGGUAUGGACACCAGACAGCUCAUUGGAAUCUCCACCAUCAGAAAACACACAUGCGAUUGUCACACCACAAGACAGUGGCGCAUCAUUGGUCACCCCGACGAGAAAAGUGUCUGCUAAAAACUUUACAUUUUCUCCAUGGGAAAUUGAAACAAUUAGUCAAGACAGCGGUUACCAUGGUUGUGAUAAAGGUAAUUCUGAUAAUAGAGUUCGGAAGACAGGAUCUCCAACUGGUCAUUUGACGUCAAAUCGUUUAAAUCAACGAAUAAACUUGUGUUGUCCCGAUUGUUCAUCAUCAACGAACGGGACAAAUACUCAGGGGCCCACUUCCAGUACUGCCUCUUCCAGUCCUGCUCCGAACAGUAACAAUCCUAUUAUCUUAACAGUUAAUAGCCACGAGACUUCAAAUUGCUCUUCCCAGCUCCUCCCUUUAAAUGAAAAACUAUCAAACGAGGACCAACAAUGCUCCGCAAAAAUCCCUUUAAGUAGAAGUAAGAACGUUUACAGGAUUCCCUCACCCCGAUUUCAUCCUCGCUCUGUGAAGCAGUACAAGAAACGUACCGACAGUCUCCAUUCAUCUCUCCCAAAUGUCAAUCAAUGCAAUGAAGCUAAACAUAAACCGCUCAUUAAAACUAACUCCGACCCUAUUAAUAUGAAGCUAAGAAGGUCUGUAAAAUGCACAUGUAAACAAAGAGUGAAAUUUGAAAACAACAAUUUCAAUAAUACAAAAAAUAAAUCCAUUACAGCGGACGCUUCAAGCAAUGAGAGAAUCGAGAUUGAUGCAGGUCGUUAUAUUAAACCACUUCUCGGUGUAGAAAAAUAUAACGUUGAACAGUUUGGCGACUUCAAUGCAAUGGCUUCAUCAAUUGGGGCAGCAGCUAAAAAGUUUAAGACAUUUAAUGUUAACCAUAUGGCUGUAAUUCGGGAAAGAGCUGAUUCAAUCAGUCAGUCAUCGAUUAUUUAAAUAAUAAUAUUAAUAAAAUAAACCUUUAAAUCAUAAAUGUAACAAUCAUAUUGUCAAUAUAUUGUGUGUAUGAUAAUAAUAACAGAAAUAAUAAUAAAUAAAAUAA